CGAAGGCUGAGGUUUUGUUGAGGGAUCGUGCAAUGUAAUUAAGAAACUAGAACUACAGUUAGCCCUUUUUCAUCGUGAAAACACGAGCAGAGUGGUUGAUCAGUUGAAAGUAAGUAAAGUAGAGCAUGAUUUUCCGAUUUUUGCGCUGUCGCCAACUACAUCGUAUGUAGUUCUUCUCAACACCCGCCGAGAAGAAAAACAAGAUGUUAGCCCGCAGCUCUUCUUCCGCGGUCGCACGGCGGUCGAUAUCGCGUUCCGCCGCGCGGCGAGCCCAGGUGCGCCGUGUUGAAGAUCAUGCGCAACAUGUAGUUGCAGCACCGUCGGUGCUUUAUUUCGGGCCUGGACGAAUUUCCGCUUAUGGCUACGGGUCAACAUCGUCCACAGCGCUGUCCUUGCCCGGUCACGACAGGCACACGACCACUACUUCUACACAUGGUCCGACGUCGCAGGUACGACCCUCAUCAAGGGGCUUCGCAACCUCGAGUCCACCGGGGACGAAAGACCACGAUGAAACGCGACCGAGUACUAAAACGACAACCUCCUCCAGCACCGAGGCUGGAGAUGAGCAAGCAGUGACCACGUCGAGCAGUGUGAGUUCUAAUGGUAGUGCGAGUAGUACCUCCUCUUCAAGUUCAAGUUCCAAAGACGAGAAAAUUCUGGAGAAGGCGAUUCUGGUAGACGCUGAGAAGGAGGUGCUGACUUCUGUGGAAACGAGUUUUCACGGAGCUGCGGUAACAAGCGGAUCUGGUUCCACUGCAAGUUCUUCACGAAAGAACGGGUCUUCGUCCUCUGGAGGUGGAUCUUCGUCUUCCAGCUCCAAACAGAAUAAAAAUGCAUCUACUUCACACUCGACAGUGGAACACACCCUCAACCAACUCCCUGAGGAGGAAAUUUCCGGGCACCUCUGGUUUUCUAACAUCUACCCCAAUCAGCGCCAUUUCCUUGAUUUUCGCUGGUUUUUCACGACGCAGAACCACCGAACGCUCAUCCCGCAGCUGCUUCCCCCCAGCAGCAUCAAGAUUGCGCGGUACUUGCCGCGGAAACGGGAGGGGGGCGUGUUUGUGGACUUCAUCGCGCACCCGAGGUUCCAGAGGUCGAUCUUGUCGAAGAUGGGCAAGUCGAUAAAACUGCGAAAAGAGGAGAAAACGAACGCCGAAAUCCAUUCGUUUGUGUCCAUGGGUGUGCAGAAAUUUUUGAAAAAAAACGACUACAAAGCGCCCCUGACCAACUACUACGUGCGGGCGCACGAGGUUUUAGGAAAACCCUUCAUCGACGAGUUUAUCGGGCGGUAUCCAAGUAACGUGCUCAAAGUCAAAUUGGGCGAGGAAGUGAAUAUUGCAGCAGCUGGUCCCGUUGGAAGUUCUACUUCAGGUGCAACCACUUCUACGGUCACUCCGACCAGUUCGUCAGCAAGUGGUUCUACUGGCGACCAAACUACAACUGGCCAUUUACUAGAAGAAGUAGCUGUGCCACCAGCCGCGGGAACAAGUGCAAAGAGCUCGAGCAAAAUGAAGAUGAAGACCAAACAGGCAAAGAUGGCGAGCCUGAAGCAGAACAAAACCACGAAAAUGAUGUCAAAGCAGGAUCCUGUGGUGGAGAAUCAAGACCACAAGCUCGUGGACAUCGCAUCGCCUGGGUUAAAUUUGGUGAUCCGGGGGGAGAAAAGCUCUACAGGAGCAGGGGAAAACAAAAGCGACGCCAAGGAGAAAAUGCAGCAGAAGUAUCAAAAGGCGUUGGAAAACGCGACCUUUUUCAAGGAAGAGAACCUGCAUGCGGUGAUGCGCUCCUUUGGACAGUUGGUUGACAUGAAGUACGACAGUGCCAGCCAGGAGUGGCGCGUGCAGUUCCUCCGCGCACACUCGGCCGUUGCCGCCCGGAACUGCCUGCAUCGGGCGCCCUUGCACAAAAUCUACUCCAGCAUCGUCUAUCGGGAAUUACGGGAGCUGUACGAUGCGCGAAGUACGACCCCGCUGGAGGGCGGGAAUGCCGCGGACGGGCAUGGUGCGCUGGAUGUUGCUGGAGGGACGAUUUAUUUUGGGGAGGAGGUAUUACGGACUAAGGAUUGAUGUGAAACAGAAACUCACAGGAGAUUUGUACGUCGAUACAUUUUGUCUUCUUGCAUGAGGUUUUCAAAUAAGCAGCAAGAUGACCUGACGAUGGUGCAUCGGAGUCAGUGUAGUCUUCAUGUUGCGAGCAUCACCAACUUCAAAUCAAGGAUGAUAAAAGCGAUCUAAAAAAACAGGACGACGCCCCGGCCCGCGUGCCCGGGAUGCAAAGAAUUCGGCACUACGGACAAAAAUUCGCGGAGCGGCUGACGAGCAUGUAUGUGCACGGGAGGUUUGGAAGGAAUACUGAAAGUACAACUCGAGUCAUCGGUGCGGGAAGUAGUACGACUGGCGAUCAGCAACUCGGUUCAUCUUCUGAGCAUGCACACAGCAACUACACGCUUACCUCCUCCUCGACAAGCAGCAGCACCACCAGCGCAAAAAUCCCCUCCACAGUGUCCCUCCCGUUGCCAAAAACUCUGCCGGACGAAGUGAUCGCCAAAACACAGUCCACGGUUUUCGAAAUCAAGUACGAGCAGAGCCAAGCGCUCCGAACACUCCGCGAGCAGCUGGUGCAGAAUUGGCGGAUGGCGAUUUUGGCCCUCCUGGGGUUAGUAGGUUUCAGCACGACGUUAUCCAGGAAAAAAACUGUGUAAGUGUAACUUUCUGUGGCUAACAGCAUCACAAAUUUGCUCUACAUGACAGGGAAAACCUGUCAUGCGUGGCUUGUAAGGGAAAACACAUAUGAAGAGAGGACUUCAUGGCUGUCUGGCAUGACAAGUGUAACUGUUUUGCAUUUUCUGCAUCACAGAUUUACACUUACACAUUUUUUUUCUUGCAUAGACGUUUCUCUUUGACCCCUUGCGAUUGUUUUUCGUGAAGCGGAAAAUCGAGGCGGCCUACGAUCUAUCAACUGCAAAUAUGUCUGGGUCUGGAAGAAUGCCAGACUUGUCAUGCAGGUUUUCCAUGACCCAUGAGGUCUGGUAUGUAGGACAUAGCAUGACAGAUCCUGUGAGAGUUCUAUCAUGCCAAUCCUGCAUGAGACACCGCCUCUCGGUUAGGUCAAAAGUGGACAUCAGCUUUUGGUAGUCAUGCAACGCAAAUUUUUACGUGAGUCAGAUUUAGCAUGACAAGUUGCUUUGUUCCAGCCCCAGACACUUUUGCAUUUGAUACGAUCGGAACUCCUACGCGUAUGGGUACGGAAAGAGCGGCGAGACGGGUGGGUUGCUGUGGUUCCUGCCGACGCGGCUGUUGGGGAUGGGAGAUUGGCUUGGUAUGAUAGAAGAAGCUUUUGCAUUUUUUUUUCUUUUCAUCUGAUUCGGGGUCUGUUGCUGCUGCUGGUAUUGUUCUUUUCUUGUGCCUGGAAGAUGAUGAAAACACAUUCUGUAUACUUGAACAGAAGCAAUACAAAAAACCAGGCCUCGGCGCCCUGUACCGCGCUUUGCGGAUGUCGACGAGUAGUGCGUCGCGCACGGGACGCGGGCGCAUGAAUUUGGAAGAGCAGUUUUCGCAGGCGCGGAAGGAAGAUUUGGAAAAAAUCAAGCACUGGCUGCGCACCGACCCCCCGGAGCGCGUGAUGCUUCUCACCGGGCCGCGGGGCGAUGGCAAGCUCGAGGUGAUUCAGGAAAUUUUCCGCGACAACUAUAUCACGAAGAGUAGUGGUACUGGUACGACGGUGGGGCAAGAACAUCAAGUGGGAAGUAGAACUACAAUCGGGGCAACAUUAUCUGCACCACGCGAGGUGGACCAUCAGCCAGUGACACACAGCUCCACGACGGCGUUGCAACCGGUCGUCGAGUAUGAAUUGCAAAACGUCUGGGUCGGGAAGGUUGGAACUUGUGAUGCUAACUCUGGACUCUAAAAAAAUCUGUAUUGCAUGACCAGCAAGAGGACUCUAGUUUGUGCUACGCGGGGAUGGCAUUUGUCAUGCGGAUUAGGUAUCAGGAAGGGUUCUGAAAAUCUGUGAUGGUAGGGCAUACAUCACAAACAAUCCUGGGUCAUGCAGAACAUGCAUGACAAGUCUCAGAAUCUUCCAGACCCAGACAUUUUUGCAUUUGAUAUCGAGCUGGAUUUUUCCCCGUUACUAGCCCGGAACAAGGAUGAAAGGUUCCUCCUAAACGCGCUGUGUCGCAUGUUCAACUACUACCCGGCGAUGCUGAUUUGGGACCAGUCCGCGGCCCUGCUCGACACCGUCGUGCCCGGCGCGAGUCGGAUCGCCGGCGGGUCGGGCGGGGGAAUGAACGAACAGGUGAACACGCAACUCUCGCGGAUCUUGUCUUUCACGACCGUCGCACUGGCACAGCAUAAGGAGGAACGGCGGAAACGGGAGGAGAAGGGCUUGACGGGUUUGAGUGGAGGUGGUACAACAGCUAGAACAUCUGCUGGUGAUAUUGAUCAAGCAAAAUCUUCGUCGAACAGCGGUGAUGCCGUUCCCGCCUCCCUGACGCAGAACACGAAGGAAAAGUACCCGCUCUUCGUGAUCGAGGGCUUCACGCAGGAGAAUUUGGACUCCAUACCGAAUCUCCUGGAACUUCUCAUCAAGUGGGCCGCGCUCGUUUCCGAGCGAAAAUUAGCCAAAGUCGUUUUUCUCAUCGACGGGUCCUGGGGCCACUCGUUUUUCCAGAAGGUCUUGAAGCACCGCCCGGACUUGCUGGAAGAGAAAGUCUGGGGCGACGUGCCGAUGGAAAUGGUCCGGGAGUGGCUCGGGGAGAGGUUUUUGGUCGAUCUAGCGGAGUUGGAAGGACUGAAAACAGCAAAUAAUGCUGACGAAGUUGAUCAUAAAACUAGCGACGCACUGGUGUCCUGGGCGACGAAGAGAAGUACUACUACAACUAGCGCUGCUACCGGUGAUGUUGCAGCCGGCUCAACACCAACAUCUUCGGAAGUUCCAACGACCACUAGUACGACAGCCCAGGAGCUUAUACUCGGUGAGAAAAAUCGACUGAAGACGCAAGAAGUUUUCCCGCCAGCCGUGUCUACGGGUGAGGCAGCGACUGACUAUGGAGGAAUAAACCUUCUGGAAGUUGUAGCCGGUGGAUCGUCAACAACAUCCUCUUCCUCUAAAGUACAAACACUUGAUGUGGCUGGAGAAAAAUCAGGACAACAAGUCCUUUCCCCGCCGCCGUCCCUUCUCCACGUGUGUUCCCCGCAGGAGAAGGUGUUUAUGAUCAACCGCAUCUUGAAGACCCUCGGGGGCCGCUUGUCAGACUUGGAGAUUCUCCAGUCGAAAAUUGAGAACGACAACAUGAUAUGAAAUGCAAAUAUGUCCGGGUCUGGACGGUUAGAACUUGUCAUGCCAGAUCUUGAUCACUGAAAAAUCUGUGUUGCAUGAACUCCAAAUAAAGCUGCCCACUUCUUGGUAGGCAGAAGGCGGAUUUCUCAUGCGGCAUAGGCAUGAGGAAGGUCUUGCAAAACCUGUCAUGCUUCUGUGUGCAUUCCAGACCAUGCACGUGGUCCGCGAGAUGCAUGACAAACCUUGCACUCUUCCAGAGGACCCAGACAUAUUUGCAUUUGAUACAUGACGCCGUCGGAAGCUCUGGCGGAAAUGAUCGAGACCACGACCACAACGGUCCGCUCUCUCCUGGUCCGCGACGAGAAAGAGGCGCUGUCCGUAUCCUGAGCAAAAACGUCUCCACCCCAGAGUUGUCAUGCAGAUUUGCAAUGACAGGAACAUUUGCAAUGCGCAUCUACAUGAGAAGCAUUUCCAAUCGUGUUUUGGAAUUUGUAAUGCUGUAAACAGGAUGAGGAGAUGGGUUUGUGAUGCGACUGCCCUUGCUAACCUACACUACACUACAACGACGAACUUGUCAUGCAUGGCUUCCAAAACUCUUGGAUUUCUCUUGCAGAGUUCGCAACUUGACUAUGGGGUAGGGACGUUUUUACUCAGGAUAGUCCGCGAACCAGCUUUGGUCCCGGAACCAGUUGUGGAAAGCGAUUGAGAUCUUGGCGCUCGGGGAGGCGAAAGCGGAAAGAGCAACUGGUAGUGCUGUGAAAGGUGGACAAGCCGCGGCGCACAAAAAUACCUCCUACGUCACCUACGAUGCGUUUCUCGAUUACGUGCUACGUGGGGACGAGCGCAUCAUGCGGCACAUGCUCGCGUCGCAAUUGAUAACCACGAAAAUGGUCGAAGUCCUUGGGGAAGAAGAAGUAGACCACUCUGGAAGUGCAGCAGCAGCAGUAGGUCCACUGCGAGUUGAUCAUGAAGCGGGUUCCUUCUACUUCCGUCGCUUCGGGCAGCGAAAGAUGCAGCAAAUCGUGCUGCCCGGGUCGCCUUUAUUCGGCGAAGUUUACAAUCGGUUGUAUUUGGGGGAGGAGAGUACAAUUUCAAGUUCGAGUUCAAGCGAGGGGACCAAAAAAGACCCUUCCACCAGAACGUCCAGCAUCUCCACUUCCUGCCGCAACAUUUUUGGCCUCUCCGCUGUGAAGGAAGACAUCGGGAAAGUGGAAAAGGACCUGCAACACUACGAAGCCGAAUUAUCUUGAUUAAAAACGUCCCCACACCAGAGUCAAGAUGGGAAAUUUGCUAGACAAAUCAGCCAGCUUUGGUGGUUUCGCAUGACAACUUUGUCCUCGUAGUGUAGUCCUUUUUUGCUAGUUCAGCAGCAUCACAGAUAUAGCAUUAUCGCGCUGAUUCUAGCAUCACAAAUUUCAAAACACGAAUAGAGAAUGCCUCUCAUAGGGCUCCGCAUGAGAAACUUUUAUUUUUGGCAUGCAGAUUUGCAUUACAACUCUGGGGCGGGGACGUUUUUACAAACAAUAGGAAUUGCAGAAGGUUUACACGGCGGAAAAAGAUUUGCGGAAACUCGAGCGCGACGCGCACGCCGUGGUACACCACCACAUGCUGUUGGCGGAACGCGCAGGUGGCGGGACUUCAACAUCGAGUUUUGGGUCUUUUUUGAAUUCUUUCGUGACCAAUUUGGUCUUCUUUCCGGUGAACGUGAUUCUGUACCCCUUCAACAGGAGUGUCACCUUCGCAAACAUUGUGGACGACAUAUGGGGUUCUCAAAGAACGUUACAUUCUCAAGUGUUGCGUGAUUUGUCAUGCAAAAUGACCAUGAACCACCAGACGACCAAGCUGCUUCGCAUGACAAAUUCUCGGGCGGCUAAACAGCACUAGUAGAGUUAUCCGUGCCAACAAAUCUGUAAUGCAAGCCGCGCAACGCUCUCCCCCUCACCUGUGGUGCUAUUCUUGCAUUACAAAUUCAUGCAACAGUUGAGAAUGUAACCUUUGGGAACGCCAUACGACACGACCUUCGAGCGGCAGAAGGCGGUGAUUGAGGAGAAGAGGGAGGAGAUGGAGUUCAAGGUCUUCGAGUCGCUAUCAAAUGUAAAAAUGUCUGGGUCUGGAAGAAUUCACGUUUGUCAUGCUUGUCUGGCAUGACUUUUAAAUCUGUCAUGCACGUUACCCAAGAGCUCCGUUGUCCUGUGAUGCAGAAGUGCAGUUUGUCAUGCGGAAUAGGCAACACCUAGGAGCUCCGAAACUUGUCAUGCUGAGCCAGCAUUUGUAGCCUCAUCAUGAAACGCCACCCAGCAUCACAAGUUUCCAGACCCAGACAUUUUUGCAUUUGAUAGUCGCGAAAGCUGUAUUUGCUCGGGCGAAUCCACAAGGAGCAGGAGAAGCUGAAAUAUCCUGUGUAAAAACGUCCCCACCCCAUAGCCAAGUUGGUAAGUCUGCAACACAAAUCUCCAAGUUUUGGGAGUUUUGCGUGACAAGUUUCCAUCUGUAGCGUAGUGCAGGUUAGGAAGGGCAGCCGCAGGAUGAAAGCCAGCUUGUCAUCCUGUUUACAGCAUUACAAAGUCGAAAACACGAUUGGAAUUGUCUCUCAUGGGGAAGCGCAUCACAAAUGCCCCCGUCAUUGCGCAUUUGCAUGACAACUCUGGGGUGGGGGCGUUUUUUCUGAGGAUAUGAAAAUUCUGAUCGCGCGCAAGGACGAAUACUCGGCCGAGAACAAAAAACGGAAACGGGAAAUCGUGCCGUUUGCGGUGUGAUGUUGAACGACGGAAGGCGAUACAUAGAAGAGAUGCCGGGGGGUCGUGUGGAGAUGCACUUAAUCUUAAGUAAUGAUGUGCACACGCUGCAUAUUAUUUAAGUACAUGUACAGCAGAAGGGAAAGAACGUUUGAAUUCAUCGACGGUCGUGCUGUAGUACAGUGGUUCGAGGACACUUGUAGUACAGCCGUCCACGACCCGAUUUGUGAUCAUGUUGCUGAUAAACGCGAACGAAUAUGAGGAACUCUCGAGUGGUCCCAAGGACAAGACGGUCGAAAGACCGGAUCAAUA